AAUGAGCAGCGGGAUAUGAAUUGUAAUGCUCGUCAAGGCAGCAGCAUUUGGUGCUGAAAGGACAGAGCCGCGGGCUGGUGUCGGGGCGGCGGCGGCGGCGGCAGCUUCGGUGACAGAGAUGGCUCCGCAGCAGGAACCUGUGAAAACUCCCUUCGGGCUGCCAGGUUCUGCCACGCGGUUUUUUACUUGGGAGGAAAUCGAACUCCGCACCAAGAAAGACGAUCCGCAGCGAGAGAUGUGGCUGGUGAUCGAUCGGAAAGUGUAUGACGUCAGCCGGUUUUACAGGCGACACCCGGGAGGCGCCCGGAUUCUGAUCAGCCACAUAGGGGAAGAUGCUACGGAUGCCUUUAUAGCCUUUCAUGUCGACAAGUCAUUGGUGAAGAAGUUUUUGAAUUCACUGCUGAUUGGGGAGUUGGCACCAGAUCAACCAAGUUUGGAACCCAGCAAAAAUAAAAUGCUUAUUGACGACUUCCGUGAGUUGAGAGACACUGUAGAGAAGAUGGGUCUCCUGAAACCCAACACUUUCUUCUUCAUGUCACUCCUUUUUCAUGUCCUGGUACUGGAUGCUGCUUCCUGGCUCACCCUCUUGUUUUUUGGAGCAUCUUUACUGCCAUACCUCAUCUCCGUAAUGUUGUUAACAGUAUCCCAGAUCCAGGCUGCAUGGUUCCAGCAUGAUUUGGGACAUCUUUCUGUCUUCCAGAAGACUAAGUGGAACCAUCUGCUUCACAAAUUUGUGAUGUGCCAUGUUAUGGGGGCAUCUGCCAACUGGUGGACUCGUAUGCACUCUCAACACCAUGCAAAACCCAACUGCUUUUCCAAAGACCCAGAUAUAGAUAUUCAUCCUUACAUGUUUGCUCUGGGAAAGGCCCUCUCUGUGGAGCUUGGGCUAAAGAAGAUCAAGUACAUGCCUUACAACCACCAGCAUCGGUAUUUCUCCUUCACUUUACCCCCACUGCUGUUUCCGAUUUACUUCCAAAUUCACGCCUUCUACAUGGUUUUCAAGAGAAAAUACUGGGUGGACCUGGUCUGGAUGUUGACCUUCUACCUGAGAUUUUUCUUCAUUUAUGGGUCCCUUUUAGAAACAAAAGCUUGUGUGCUAUUUUACUUUCUGUUCAGGAUGUUGGAAAGCUCUUGGUUUGUUUGGGUAUCACAAAUGAACCACAUACCCAUGGAGAUAAAUUAUGAUAGGAAGUUGGACUGGGUCUCAACACAGCUCCAGGCAACGUGUAAUGUAGACCAGUCCUUGUUCAAUGACUGGUUUACUGGGCACUUGAAUUUCCAGAUUGAACACCACCUUUUCCCCACGCUGCCUCGGCACAACUGUUGGAAGGUGGCCCCUCUGGUGAAGUCUUUGUGUGCCAAACAUGGCCUUGAGUACAAGUGCAAGCCUCUGCUGACAGCCUUUGCAGACAUUUUACACUCCUUGAAGGAUUCAGGAGAAAUCUGGCUGGAUGCCUAUCUGCAUAAAUAAGUAGUACUGGCUUCAUAGUGCAUUCAUAGUGAAUGGAAAUGGUCCAUUCACUAUUGUCAUGAAGACUCGUCUUGCACUAAUAGAUUGGUGGAAGUUGUGAAAUGCCCAAAGUCACCUUUCAAAGAUUUAUUCUUUCCUUUUCAUAAGGUUCUUAUUUUGAUCUUCUCUAGGAUUUGGAUAAAGUUUUGAAUUGGUGCCCCAUCUUUGGAACACUCUUCCCAAAGGUGUCUGCCUAGCAUCAACAUAUUUUUAUCUCUGAGGUGCCAGAUGAAGACUAUUUUAUUAUGGAGAACUUAAACUGAAUGAUAUAUUGAUCUGCUGUUUUUAAUGCUGUUGUUGGUUAUGUUUUCACUGGCAUAAUAUUUAUUAUUAUGCUGAUUUGUCUUCUAAAAAUUGUAUAUUCUAAGCUGUUUUAAAUAUAUUUAAUGGAAAAAGUAAGAUAAAAAUAUUUUACAUAAAUAAAAUAAAUUGACAGAGUGGCCCUUCA